AUGAUAAUCUGCUUUAAUCGAAUAAGAAGGGAAUCCUACUUACUAGCUGGCUUAUGGGCAAUGCCAAAACUUGAAUUGACGUUGCAAUUACCAUGGGUGGAAAAAUAUCGUCCCCAUUUGUUGAAAGAUAUCGUAGGGAAUGAAGAAACGGUUCAAAGACUAGAGCUGAUUGCACAAGAUGGUAACAUGCCACAUAUGAUCAUUUCUGGGCUGCCUGGUAUUGGUAAAACUACAUCAGUUCACUGUCUUGCACACGAGCUGUUAGGUGAUGCAUAUUCGCAAGCAGUACUAGAACUGAAUGCUUCAGAUGAUAGAGGUAUCGAUGUUGUUAGAAAUCAAAUCAAGCACUUUGCUCAGAAAAAAUGCCAUUUGCCAUCUGGAAAGCACAAGAUCAUUAUACUGGAUGAAGCGGACUCCAUGACUGCGGGCGCUCAACAGGCUUUAAGGAGAACCAUGGAAUUGUAUUCAAAUACCACCAGAUUCGCGUUUGCCUGUAAUCAAUCCAACAAGAUUAUAGAACCGUUGCAAAGCAGAUGCGCAAUCUUACGGUAUUCCAAAUUAUCAGAUGAACAAGUCCUGAAAAGAUUAUUGGAAAUUAUCAAGGAAGAAAAUGUUCAAUACACAAAUGAUGGCUUAGAAGCAAUUAUAUUCACAGCAGAAGGCGAUAUGAGGCAAGCAAUUAACAACUUGCAGAGUACAGUUGCAGGUCAUGGUUUAGUCAAUGGUGACAAUGUAUUUAAGGUCGUUGACUCCCCACAUCCUCUCGUUGUGAAGAGAAUGCUUCUGGCUCCAACUUUAGAAGAGUCUAUAUCUCAUUUAAAGAACGAUCUCUGGGAUAAGGGUUACUCUCCUGUGGAUAUUGUUACCACAUCUUUCCGUGUUUCAAAAACUUUGUAUCAACUUAAGGAGUCUCAAAGACUAGAAAUGAUAAAGGAGAUCGGCAUCACUCACAUGCGAAUUCUGGAAGGUGUAGGCACCUAUUUACAACUGGCAAGUCUCCUGGCGAAAAUACAUAGACUUAAGUAA